UAUAUUAGUAAAGUAUUAGCUGAAUAUCAUGCUAUUGUUUGUAGAAUACUUUUGAUGUUGUUUUAACUGACCUGAGCUAAAAGCAAGUAAGUUUUCUUACUUUGAAACUGUUGUCACAAGAAGAAUGUUUACUAAAACACUCAACACAAAACCAAAGGUCAAUAUAAAGUCGACAUAUUGUGGUAUCAUCAGAACAAAAUAUAAUUAUAUUGAGUGGACAGAACACCGGACCAAAUUAUGUCACUUUCAUCUAUUGUAACAGGCAUUGAAAAUUCUGCCAACGAUUCACAGAAAGUAAUGAUUGAUUCGAACGUUGUGAGUCAAAAAAAAAAAAGAGGAUGCAAAAGAUGGGGCUUGAUGUCAAUCCCAGGAAUAGGCAUAUUGUUUUCAUUAUGCUCGGCUUUCUUUUUCUCAAUCAAUUCCACUGUUGUUAAAUCACUCGACUUACAUCCCGUGCAACUCAGUUUGUCUCGAUGUUCAGUUCAAUUUCUAAUCCUGCUACCAAUUGUACAAUACAAGCAUAAAGAAGUGGAUAUUAUGGGUCCAGAAGGGCUAAAACUCAUCUUAUGGGCUCGUGGAUUUGUUGGAUCAACAGCAAUGAUAUUUUUGUAUUAUGCAAUUGAUGAACUCUCCGUUGGAAAUGCCGUUACUAUAACCUACAUCAGCGUCAUUUUAGUACCCUUCAUGGCAAGAUUCUUACUCAAAGAAAGUCUCACUAUUUUUGAUUUGAUUUUCGGAGUGAUUACUUUAAUCGGUGUGAUUUUCAUAGCGCAACCGACUUUUCUCUUUCCUUUACCGGAAGGUGAAAAGCCACAAAGUGCCCUUGGAGUAUUGUUUGGAACAAUGAGUGCAACUUGUAUGUCUCUCUCUGUUAUUAUCAUAAGAAAAUUAGGACGUCAGACAUAUCCACCAUUAAAUGUCAUGUAUUAUUCAUUUUGUGGAUCAAUAACAACUACCAUUGUCUUGGUUGCUGUUGGGAAAUUUCAAUAUCCAUGCCUGAGUGAUACUCCUCGAAUUUUUUCCCUUGGAGUAGUCGGAGUGCUUGCACAGUUUUUCCUCACGCUUGCUUUACAAACAGAACGUGCUGGCACUGUUGGAGUAUUAAGGUCUUUUCAGAUCAUAUUGAUCUAUAUUCUACAGGUCACUGUUUUGGGUGAUAUCCCAUCGUAUCUAAGUUUGAUUGGAGCUGCACUGAUCUUCUCUAGCAGUAUUGGAAUCGGAAUUCGAAAAGUUAUCAAUGAGGGAAAACGGAGGCGAAGCGUUGUGAAGUCGCGGUUGAUUGACUCCAAUUGAAGUAAUUACUUGUGUCUACUUCUCGUGUCAUCAUUAAAAAACAUCGAAUUAAUUAACUGCAUAUAUAGAAUUAAAAAUUGGCAUUUUUAACAGGAUUACUAUCCAUGUUAAAUUUGACCGUAGAUGAUAAAUGAAUCAAGAAAACUAGUUUAUAGUUUGUAAAUAUGUAAUCAAGUAUAUGACCUCAUUUGUAGUCACCAUUCCAUUUUGUGCUUGGCUAACUUCAAUGACCAUUGGCAGCUUUGCCAUCCAGUAUAUUCUCAAACUAAACUGCAUAGAAUUACACUUAUUUAUUAAUUAAUACGCUUUUUUAUUCUGACUCAAAAAUAAUAAACUCUCUCUGUGCCAUAUGAGCUGUAUUUUAUCAGAGACGCAAAGUUUUUCGAUUUUAGUGAUGUACAUAGUGUAUAUGUGUGCUUAGUUUGGUAUUGAGUUUACUGCCUAACUCCUGUUUUAAGCAUUUCAUUGAUGUUGAAUUUCUUGCAUAUUAUGUUAAUGCUCACUGUUCAUCACCCUUGUUUGUUUCUUCUUGUUUUGGUGUCUACUUUUUCUUUCUCUAUAAAUUGUUAUCUUUCAUGACAUUCUUUUCAUGAGAUGCAAUAUUCAACUUUUUAUCUGUACAUAUUUUAAUGCCUCUUGUGGUGCUAUUGUACUUUGUUCCUGGUAAAAAUUCCACCCAAUUGUGUGGUGCAACAACCUAUUUUAAACAAUACCCUUUUUUUUCUGGAUCAUUUUGUUAAUUUCUUUUCAUUUCUCAAAAAAUAACUGUGUGCUAAUGUGCCGGUAUGGAUCAGGUAGUGCUUUAUUGCCUUCACUCAAAACCAGUGCCAGUUGUGUCUCAUAGUCUGGUGAUGUAUGGACAAAACUCCCCCAAUCUAGGCGAUUUAUUGUAAGUUUGCCUAAUAACCCGGUGCACCUUAUGGCCGUAAAAUACUGCACUUCAAGUAUGUCAGGUUUCCAUAUUCAAGUAAUAUUAUUGUCUCAUUAGAAACUGUUGUUUGUUUUAUUCUUUGUACCAUAUACACGUAUGAAUCUUAGAUUUUUCUAUUUUUUUUUCUUAUUCGAGUUGAUUAAUUUGGUUAUACUAGAUGUUUUCAACAGGGCUCCACGGCACCCUAGUAUUCCACCAGUACAGUCGGGGUUUUCGCAAUUGAACUGGUCUAUAUUAUGAUAGAGCCUUUCACUCAAUAUUCUUAACUGUCCAAGACUCUAGGUACACAUUAUACACUCCCACACUAUGAAAUAUAUAAACAGAUCAUAUACACUUAAUUUUUUUUUUUUUUUAUUAUUAUCCUAAUGAAUAUGUGUUUUGUAUAUAUAACUGCUCUUGAGAAUUUUUUUUUCUGAAUUUUGUGAUUCCAAAUGUUUUGAGAAAUGAGCUUCUACAAAGUAUUCUUAUCGGCACAUUGAAUAGAUUAUGCAUACUGUUAUAAAUAACCUUAUUUUGUUUAAUAUGUCAUGCAUAAUAACAUAAUAUGGAUUUUUUGAAUUUCAAAUCCGAAUAUACUUUAUGUAAAUGA